AUGAUUGGAUUUAUACUGCUUAUUGCAUUUACUAGUGCAACAGAUUGUAUUACAAAUAGAGAACAAGGAGAUAAAGACGUAGUACACAUGCAAAUCGAUUCAAAUAUUCAUAAAAGAAUGUACAAGAAGUACAAAAAGCACAUUAAAUGCGAAGUUAGUGAAGAAGUGUCUAAAGGAACAACAGAAGAAAGAAGUGAUGAAAAGAAGAAAGAGAAUGUAGAAGAAAGUAAAGAUGGUGUAGUGACUGAAGGGGAGAAAGGUCAAAGUCAAGAAGGUACAAAAGAGCAUAAUGACAACCAAAAAGAAAAAGGUGAAGGAGCACAACAUGAUAAAGAAGAAAAGUCACAAGUCUCAGGAGGAGAAGAGCCAACACAGAAGAACAAAGAAGAAGGAAGUGACAAAGAAAAGACGAAAGAACAAGAAAGUGAGGAAAAGAAAGAACAAGAAGAAGAACAAAAAGAAGGAAAGAAUAACAAUGAAGAGAAAUCAAAAGAGGAUAGUACUAAAGAGAAGAAAGAAGUAGAAGAUGAGAAGAGCAAAGAAGAUAGUGAAAAAGAGAAAGCAGAAAAAGAGAAAGCAGAAAAAGAGAAAGCAGAAAAAGAGAAAGCAGAAAAAGAGAAAGCAGAAAAAGAAGAAAAAGAAAAAAUAACAGAUGAUACAAAAAACGGUAAAGAAAAGGAUAAUCAAAAUGACAAACAAGGGGAUGAAGAAAAGAAACAAGAAGGUGAUGGAAAUAAAGAAAAAGAAGAUAUAACAGAAAGUAAAUCUGAUGAGAAAGAAAAUGACACAUCUAAUGAUAAUAAUAAUCUUAAUGGCACAUCACAUAUAUUGUUUAUUCUUCCAUUUUUCAUUGGAAUUUUGUUCUUUUAA